AUGGAUGAACAAGAGUCAGAAUCUUCUUUCGACAAUGAGGAAAUGGUGAUGAUGAGUAGUGAAGGUGCCUUAAAUAAGAAGUGGUCGCGGGGGAAAAGAGGGGAAGGGAGCGGUUUCAUCGGCAAAGGGUGGAAGCAGGUCGCGAAUCGUGUCGGGCAGGGGGAAAGAAGAAGGGUGCACAUCUUUUGGCAAAGCAGAGCUCAGGGAAGGCAAAUAAUCUUCCCUUUUGUAGGCUUUGCGAUGCAUUCUUGUGAGGUUUUGCAGAUGACGAUGAUUGCCUUCCUCCUUGAGCUCGGUAAAGGAAGUGGUAUUGGGAUGGUGAUAGAGGACAUGAAGAUGGAGUGACCCAGAGGAGGAGAUGGAAAGCAAGUCACACUAUCUAGGGCCGCUAUGCAUGAUAUUCAAUUGGAACCUUUGAUUGUAUUGUGAUUAAGAGUUUUAGCUUAAAUAUAUAAAAAAACUGAGGUUGUUAUUGUUAUGUCCAAGUUACAAAUCAUAUAGUCGGAAUGUUUCAAUUGGUAUCA